GGUUAGAACAGGUUCUUCAUAAUUCAUUGAAAAAUUUAUAUUUUCCAUUUUUACUCAGUAGAUGUUGCAGGCAAAGGUGGUUUAAGACUUUACUAAUUUAACACUACUGAUUAAAUUGACAUUUCUAAAACAUCAAAAAUUAAAAAUCAACAGAAUAGAUGAUUGACAUUUCGCUAGGAAAGGAAUUUAGUUGUGCUGUUUAUUUUAUAAUAAUAGCUAAAAAAAUAACAAUUACUUAAUUAGUUGAUUUAAAUUUGAAUAUUAAAAAGAAAGUGUAAGAAACAAAUUAAAUAUUAACCAUGGAUCCAGCACUAUUACGCGAGAGGGAAAUUUUCAAAAAGAGGGCUAUGGCCACUCCUACAAUUGAAAAGAAACCCAAAGUUGAAAUGCCUCCACCAAAAACUGAUGAUCUUUCUAAGAGAAAACUUUUUCGUCCAUCAGGACCCAAAUUGGAUUCUAGCACAUAUAAAACAAUGGCUGGAAGUUCACAAUAUAGAUUUGGAGUUUUGGCGAAAAUAGUGAAGCACAUGAAAACGCGGCAUCAAGAAGGAGAUGAUCAUCCAUUGGGUUUAGAAGAAAUUUUAGACGAAACAAAUCAACUCGAUAUAGGCUCAGGAGUAAAAAAUUGGUUGGCUGCAGAAGCUUUAGUUAAUAAUCCCAAAAUUGAAGUACAUCCAGAUAAUAAAUUUUCAUUCAAACCCGUAUAUAAAAUUAAAGAUGGUAAAAAUUUGCUGCGACUUUUGAAACAACAUGAUUUAAAAGGACUUGGAGGUAUAUUAAUGGACGAUGUUAUAGAAUCACUGCCACAUGCAGAAAAAGUUCUUAAAAAUAGAGCAUCAGAAAUAAUAUACAUUAUUAGACCAAUUGAUAAGAAAAAAAUUUUAUUUUAUAAUGACAGAACGGCCAAUUUUCAGAUUGAUGAAGAAUUUACAAAACAAUGGAGAUCGGUAGCUGUUGAUGCAAUGGAUGAUGCAAAGAUUGAUGAAUAUUUAGAAAAACAAGGUAUUAGAUCUAUGCAAGAUCAUGGUCCUAAGAAACCUUUAGUACCGAAAAGAAAGAAACCUUCUAACAAGAAAAGACAAUUCAAAAAACCAAGAGAUAACGAACAUUUGGCAGACGUAUUGGAAACUUACGAAGAUAAUACCUUAACCGAAGAAGGAGUUAGUGUUAGUUCAGCUUCAUAAUAAAAUAAAAAAAAAAUUAAUUUAUAGAUAU